GCGCGACGGAUAGUGGAGUAAUACGCUUGUACUACUUGCUCACUCGGUCGGCAGUGGCGCGACGCCACGAUUGACUCCGCGCGCCCGCGAGACAGAAGCACGUGAGUGCGUGCAUACGUGGGUGCGUGCGUAUCCUUCGUGUGCAGUGGCAGUGAAAAAUGCGAAUUUUUCGAACGCACGUUCUGUGGGAACGCGCGUGUCUUCAGUGAUCAAGCAUUUUCGAGCGGUUCUUCAGAAUGCAAUUGUCGCGAAAAUCCAUGACGAUUGGCUGUGCGGUGAGCACACAUACGUAGAGACGCAAUACACACAAGAUAUUGUGCAGGAUCGCACACAUAUAUAUCGGGGUUCGAGCACGGUCCAAUCGCAGCUACCGCACGCGAGAGUGCCGCGGGUCGAUUAAUAUCGGGCCAUCUGGCCAAAUCGCAUUCGGAUCGGUCAAAAAGAAGAAAGAAAAAAAAUCUGUCAUUUUGAAAACGCGCGCCGGGGGCGUUUCACACAAUCGCAUACGACAUGCGAUCGCUUCGCUGUGAAUUCCCACGAAUUUCAGCGAUCGCGUCGCCGUGGGAAAUUAAUCGGGCGCGUGUGUGCAGCUCGAUCGACGAAAGUGGCUUAUUCUUCGAGUGCUAAAACUCUCUAGAAUCCGGUGAGUGGACCGAUAGUGGAACCGAAAGAAAUUAAGAAGGCCCCGUGCGUGAGCGGACGAACUGGAGAAGCGGCGCGUACGCCUACGUGGAAGCCCGGCAGAACGUUAAAUGAAUGUUGUUACGGCGGGCGCUGGCGAUUGUGACGGGAAAAUCGAGGGGGCACGGCAGGAUCGCUCGAUUUAAAUUCAUAGAUGUGCGAGCGAACGGGCCCACAAUGGUGGCUCGGCUCCCGCAACAAGUUCUGCUGCUACUCGUACUCGUUACUGGAGCGUCCACGGGAGAGGCUGAAGAUCCGCGAUGGAGCACGUACAGCGCUCGAAAAACUAGUCGAUCCUCGUUGCCACGAUCCUGGCCGUCCUCGAGUCUAGAGCAUGCCGCGAGGGAGACUAGACCCUCGAAUGGCAAGCUCCCAGAAACUAGCUCUUGGAGCGUAGACAGAUCGAGCCCCGGAACUCGUUCGGAUCCGAGUUUCCUGGGAACGGUGGUCGAGAGAUCCGAAGAAGACGAGGACGGGAGGAGGAUGCAGUCGCCGAGGGGCAAUGACAUCGAGAACGCAAGGAUCACAAGCCAUAACCCGUCCAUCUCCUCCAGGAGCAACGAAACGAGCCAGACGGAUCCGUCCAAUCGGAUUUCCAUCGAGUCAUCGUCCUCGCAGUCGUCGACGAUUGGCUAUCACCUCGUGAGGACCUCGUCGACUUCUAGAAGCUCCUAUGACAUAGUGCCAACACUCGAGACACGACUAUCAUUCGAGACGCUCUCGCGCGAGAACUUGAAAAACACGACGUUGAUGACGACGUCCACUAAAGACAUCGCCAUGCUACGACGCCACAUGAGACACAUCCCGAGCGAAUGUGAGAAGUUUGAAGUCGGGGAUCCAGCAAAGAGGGAAUUUUAUAGCCCGAAUUAUCCCGCUGAUUAUCCAAAUAAUGUGAAUUGUGUUCGAGUUUUGGAAGCUGACAAAGGUAUGUUACUGAAGCUUGACUUUCGGGACGAGUUCAAGCUCGAAGACAGCCCGGAUUGCGGUUUCGAUUACCUCGAGGUACGUGACGGUCAGUACGGUUACUCUAAUCUCCUCGGCAAGUUCUGCGGCACGAAUUUUCCCCCCGAGAUCACGUCGAAGACGCGAUACCUCUGGCUGCAAUUCCAUAGCGACGAGAAUAUCGAGGGCAAGGGAUUCAAGGCUGUGUGGAACACGAUACCGAGGCCGACCUAUCCGGGCGUAUUACCGGAACCAGAACCGUGCAUAUUUAACGUGACGGGUACGCAGGUGAUAAUUCACAGCAGCGACGUCGAAGACAGAAAGACUCAGGCCGAGAAAGAGGGAUUCCCGUUGGAUUGCAUGUGGAUCAUUCAAGUAAAGGUGGGAUGGAAGAUCCAGCUGGUUCUAGACCCUUUCAGUCUGCAGCAGCCAAACGAAUGCGAGGCCAACUUUGUAGAGAUAUUUGAAGACCAAACGGACAUACCUUCAAGAAAAAACCAAUUCUGUGGCAGUAUCGCCGAUACCGUCGUUGUUUCGACCAAUAUCGCCCAUUUGAGGUUCUAUGCAGAGCCGAAGGCUAUCAACAGCAGUUUCGAGGCGGUGAUAACCGCCGUCAGAGAAAAGAAUACCGCGGGCGGUGAGAAAGUCUGCAAGGAAGACGAGUAUGAUUGCGAGGACACGACGUGCAUCGCUGCGGAAUUGGAGUGCAACGACAAGAUUAAUUGCCGCUUCAAGUGGGAUGAAGACGAAACGAAGUGCAACAAGAAGAACUUACGGUUGAUCGAUUCGCAGCACAUCGUCAUAAUCCUCGUCGUUUUCUCUCUAAUUAUGUUUGGCAUGAGCUUUGCCUUCGUCUUCAACUGCGUUCGGAAGCUCAUCCGCGAUCACCGCAUUAUCCAGGAGCACAUAAGGCAAUCUAGAGAGAAUCGUUUAGACGAAAUGGGUCGAAAAUCGACACCGUGUCCAAUUUCGGUUUCCACAACAGAUCUACAUGAUCAUGGCAGCGAAUCGCCCAGUUUAGAAGUUUUGCCCAGCAAGGAAUUGAUGCCACCCACCACUAUGAUACUUCAGGAGUACACCAAGGACCUUGUUCUCGAGAUGACUUAUAACACGAGCGAUAUCACCGACAUUCACCAGAGCAAUAACGUGAGUAACGCUACGCAGGAACGUCUGCAGGAGUCCAGCGAGGAGCCGGAGAUGCGUGACAACUGCUGCCAAACCCGAGAAAGUCUUUUUGAACCACGGAUAUCAGACGCGGGGGUGCCUCUAGGUUUCACGACCUUUGGCGUGCGCGCUCCCAGCUCUCAUAACGGGACCAAUUUUCAUCAUCACCAUCAUCAUCAUCUUCAUCGUCAGCAGUCGCAACAGAGCCCGCAACAGUCUCAUCAGAGCGCCCAAUCCUCGCAGCCGAGCUCGCAAUCGUCGCAACAGAGCUCGCAGCAACAGAGCAUCUCUCAAUGCUCCGGCUGUAGUCCGGCGUCCCGCGGACGGGACGGCAGUAUGGGUAUCUGUCCGAAGCAUAAUCCCAUACCGGCGCCACCCGGCUGGUCGACGACCGAGUCCAGUUACCCACUGCCCAUGCCGCACACUGCCCAGUAUCCAGAACAGUUGGACUACCCGUCCUACCAGAGAUUCCAAAGUCCCAAGCCCAGCAGAGAUCCUAGCGGCGUCUAUCGACAGUCGCCUAAGUUCAUACGGCAAGCCACCUUGGGUUCCGGCGAGAGAUACGGUAGUUCCAUGUAUGGAUCCGGCCACGGCUCCAACAAUACCACGUCCAGCACGUCGCAACACUCUUCCGGCAAUACGCCUACUAAACGACAGCCUCAACCGACGUUGGAUCCGAGGUAUCGGGCGGAGGCGGUGAUCGAGGUGGACCAGAGACGGCCGUUCAGCAUAGAGAGCACAAAAAGCGCCCCGGACGUGAUCGCGACGCACUGACGCCGGGGUCCUGGGGAUUGGGAGCCCUACAAGAGACGCCAUCCCCGUCAAAAUUAUCCGGCGGCGACUUGCAGCGACAGUGGGAACAAGGUGACCGUCGCUACGCAGAGUUCCCUCGACGACGACGCCUCGACCAGUUCCACCGUAGAAGCAAACUCCUCUUCCUGAUCCACGUGUCGCGACGCGCCCGAUCGCGAGAAAUCGGGCGAGAAAUUGCUUAUGGUCAAUGACUUCUGUGAUCGCGAAUUGUCGAGUGUCGACCAGCAGUCCGAGAUCGAUGAUACAUCGACUCAUGUCCAUCCGACUGGAGAGAGACGUGUCGAGGAACUCGCUGGAGAAUCAACCAAAUUGGAAGGAUCGACAACAAUCAGUGACGCGUCUGGUUGCAAUUCAAUCAAUAUCAACGCCGAGUCUCGACUCGACGGUUCAAUUCCCACGCCGCGCUCGAUAAAUCGCACCGGUUGGACGACGGCGGGCGAUUCGCUGAUUUCAAAACCGUGGCGAGCAAAUGCGGCCUUGAAGCUGCACGACUUGCCGAUUCUACGACCACCGGAGGGCUUUAGGGUACCUGUGUUCAGGUGCAGGACUCCGUCUCUCUCCUGGCAGCACUGCGGGUGUCUCUCGCACACGCAUCUACCGUUGCGGCGAUCGUCGAUCGCUUGGAGUGCCUUCGAGCGAUGCAGCAUGGAUCCCACGUAUCGCACCUGGCCUAAUCGAGCCACGAGGAGAUUCGGUCGUCCUUCGAGAAGAACGGUCGGUACUCAGAGCUCUCUCGACGGUGCUAGAUCGUCCCUCGGCAUUCUCCGAUGCGUUGUCAGAUCAAUCGACAUGACGGAGAGAUCGCUGGACCAGGAGAUCGGAGCUUCUAUACCUUUCUAGUGUUUGCUUUACAGUUUGAAUCACACCACGGCUGAUUUUCGCGUCACUGUUGUUGGUUUUUUCUACACAGUGUGACGCGCACACGCUUUGACCUCACGUGCGAGUCACCACGUUUUUUUUUUCUCGAAGAAAAACGUGAAUUUUCUCGAGCGCGGACUUGAUGUUAGUCGCAUCGUCAUUAAAACGAUAAAAGAGUGUACAUCAAUCAUGUAUAUAGCCGUGUAUGCGGUACGUUGUCGUUAGUAUAUGAGUGUGAUCCACAUAAGCAGUGACAACUGUAUCCGCUUACAGUUGGAGCGUUUCCUAACGGAGGUAAAAAGUAAAAAGAGAUAUUGUCGAGUUAGUCGAGCGGACCAGGUAAGUGCGACGGUUUGUUAAUGGUAUCGCGCGAAUAAAUUUCUGACGGAAGCAACUGAAACCGAGCAAUCGAGAAGCACAUUUUUGUCUCAUAAACAAUCGCUGCCUUUUACGUUAUCUGUGCGAUAAAUAAAUUGUGAGCCGGAAUAAAAGAAAGAGAAAAAAUCUGGACCGUAGCUUAAACUUCGCGUUAGUACUUAAGCACGAUUAAAUCGAGUCUGAAGCAUUCGCGAUAUAUAUAGAGAAAAAACGAUGAAGAGAAGAAAAACGCGCUGUCGAUUCCGGGAGAAGAUGAAAGGAUUCUUUUGCUUUUGAACUUGCACUUGAAAUAAAGUACAUUUAAUAGUAUUUAUAUUUACAUAUUUGCAUUAAUAGAUUAUUGUAAUAUUUUCUCAUAAUUUUUCUUUUAGAAAUGUAUACAUAACGACUUUGGUUUAAUAUUAUAUCUCUUAAAAUUGCAAUGUGAGGUAAUAUUACGCCCGCGCCAGGAUAAUUAAUUUUGCAAGGAAAAAAAAAUAUACGUGAUUUAUAGAAUAAAGCGAGUAUUUUUUUGUUUCGAACACUUCUCUUAGAUAUUAAACCCAAGUCUCUUAAAAUUUUUUGGACCACUGUUACUUUUAUUUUUAUUAUAAUAUAAUUUCUGCUAUAGGAUAAUUUUAUCAUAUUGUGGCAAAGUUUCGUUCGAUUGUUCGAAUAAUUUUGAAUCUAUAAUAAAGCAGCGUAAGGUAAGAAAACGCGUUUUAUCGAUACCGAUUAUUGAUUUCUGCGAAAUCUCGCGGGCUUAAUGGAACGUAACAUAUCGGGAACGGAACUUCAUUCGUUCUUACACGUAGCACCGUCUGGGAACAGAGGCGGGAAUCGAGGGCUAUUAAUCACUCGUGAACCGAUGAGAAGAACAAACCUCCACGAUGGCCUGCGGUCUUCCCCGCUUAGUCGCAAAGAAAGACGUGAAUAAAGUGGUUUGUGGAGUCUCCCCGUGCGUCAGAAACGACUAAUUAUUUUUAUCAGCUAGACAUCAGUUGGUCUUGCGAAUUAUCGAUGUCAGUACAAAUUCGAGGAAGAAAUUUAAAGCGUGCGCUUAAUAAAGCCACUGAAGAUUCAUAGAACAUUGUGUUUCUUUAAUAUCGAACGUAUUUCCAUCACGUAGUACUGUAUACUUCGUGAAACGAUACUUCUUCUUUAGCAACGCUGCGUGUAACGUGCCGGGAGACGCUUCCAAUAAUUCUUCCUACGAAUCCGUCGCAGCUGGAUCAAACCAAGAUUAACGUGGAAAGUAAAACGCGUCAUGUUCUAACAAAGGCAUGUGUUCAUGUUCCGCAUUUAAUCCAAAAUGUGCCGACUGAAGUGCGACUCCAAGUAGAGAUGUAAAGUCAGAGUCUUAAUUCUCAGUAUCGUUUAACGAUAUCCCGCGGAAUGCGACUGGCAUCGAUUGACGUCGAGAGAGGAUCGCGAUGAUGUGCAGAUGCGCGCACGACGAUAAUAUUAGGCAAACUAUUUUUACAUGUGGUGAUUUCUACGGAAACGUGAGUUUGCGCGCGCUCGGUCAGCAGGUAGUUCAAGAAGUGCAUUUAUAAUUCGUAAUAUACACACACAUACACACUUAUUUCACACAUUCACGUACCUAUUUUACUUAUUUGCGUAUAAAUAUGCAUGUACCCGCGCGCACCCGAUCGUGUCAAAUUUGUAUCUCCGAUCGGCUGACACGCGCAGCUGUUCACGGUCCACAAACGCGCUACUUAUUUUCAUCAGCGUCCCAGGGCGUGUGAGUUGAAUAUCGGACAAACGGUGGCCUUGCGUCUAUUUUACGAAUGCCGCCGGGGACGUCUGAAAUCAUACGCGGUCUGAUAACUACCCAAGCAUGAUAGUACGACGAGCAUGCACGCGACGGCUGCACCAGUUUCCGCUUUAUAAGCUCUAUGUGCAAACCAUUAGAUCACUAGUGGCUUUCCAGCUGGACUGGCUGCUAUUAAUUCUCCGUAUGUGGUUAAUUCCUUGUAAAUGUAAAAGCAAUGUUAUAUGUGCUGCUUCUCUGUCUACUAAUUUAUAAUUUAGCUGUUGAGCUGAAGAGUGUAUGAUAUAAAUGAAUAAUAAUAAGUUGUAUUAUGAAGCAUAAAGCAUAAUUUAUUUUGACGUGAUAUUUUAAGCUUUUCGUAAUAAAAUAAAUGGAUUUUACAUUCAGUACUUUCUCAAAUCCCCCUUUUAUUUCUGUUGUUCUGUUAUUGCUGUAUAUUCUGUCAAAAAGUUGUUGACAUGUAUCAAAAGAAACCAAAAAAUGCGACCAUGCGUGCGCAGACUUUUAUACCCACGACCAGAUCGCUAAUUAAAUUAGUCAAUUAAAUUGAUCAAGAGCGUGUUUAUGAUGAUCGAGAGAACUAUAUUCACGACGCAGUUUUGAAAGAGGUCAAUCAACCUACCUAAUCGAGUAUCCGAUAUGUACAGAUCACAUGUUAACGUUUAACGUGUAGAAUAUACAGAGUGUACACAUUUGUAUAUAAACUCUCUACAAUACAAAUACUAAGAAGAUACACAUGAGACGGAUUAUAAAUAUAGUACUUUUAAAAUAAA